GGUGGCUGCCAGUGAGGCAACAACGGCCACCAUGGUGAGACAGCAGCUGGAGGUGGCCCUGUGGCCGCUGGAGCGCUUGGUGGCCGCGUGUGACGAAGCCACCGCGUUCCCCCGGGAGCUGCUGUUGCUGCUCGGGGACAUCAAGGCCACCCUAGAGGCAUCCCCCGAUGUCCCCGAGGACUUGGUGGCCAAGGUGGCCGAGGCCGAGCGGCUGUGGGAGGCCAACGCCCGCCUGGCCAAGGGUCACCUGCUGGGGAUAAUUGAUGACAUCCCCGACUUGAGUAGCAAGGGUGGCCGUGCCAGGCCCACUGCCCGUGAGGUGGACAAGGGGUGCCAAAGAGCCAUGGAGGACAUCUCAAGGCUCCUUCGCCCCCCGGAGCGUUCCCAGCGCAUCCUGAAGUUGUCCCAACCGUCCCCAGCCCUGCUGCAGCCACAGGUCACCGUGGUGGCCACCCUGGGCGAGCUGCUGGAUACCCUGCCCAGGCGGGACGAGGAGACGCUGCUGCUGGUGAUGCCCCCGGCGUGCCUGCACGAGGACCUGAACAAAUUCAUCAAGGGGCUGUGGGAAGCCGUGGGGUGCACUAAGUGUGUCUGGUACCACUGCUACGACCCCGACGGCAUUGCCUACCCGGUCACCUCCCUGAGCCGCGCCCUGGCCGCCUACCAGAGCACGCCGUGGACCACCUGGAGCAGUGUGACGAUGACAGCCCGCACGUGGCCCGUGUGGGUGCUGGCGGACAGCUGGGAUGAGCUGGCCAAGAAAGCCGCCAAGCUCCGCAAUGCCUGCAAGGAGGUGGUCACCGAGGCAGCCUCCGAGGAGGCCACGGCCACCGCCCGAGUGAGGAAGCUGCGGGAAAAGGCUGCCCGUGAUGGGACAGCUCAGGGAAACACGGCGGAGCUGGGUCAGGCCCUGGGCAGGGAGCAGGGGGCCGAGGUGGUGGCCGGGCAGGGAGCCCAGGCGAGGGAACAGGCCAGGGUGGCUGCCAUCCAGGCAACAAGGGCCACCAGGAGGAGACAGCAGCUGGAGGCGGCCCUGGGGCUGCUGGAGCGCUUGGUGGCCGCGUGUGACGAAGCCGCCGCGUUCCCCCGGGAGCUGCAGCGCAGGGUUGGGGACAUCGAGGCCGCCCUGGAGGACACAAAUGAGGCGUCUCCCGAUGUCCCCGAGGACUUGGUGGCCAAGGUGGCCGAGGCCGAGCGGCUGUGGGAGGCCACCACCUGCCUGGGCAAGGAUCACCUGCUGGGGGCAGUUGAUGACAUCGUCAACUUCUGUUUCAAUUUUGGUGACAAUAACUCCACUGAGGUGGCCGAGCGGUGCCGAAGAGCCGCGGAGGACAUCCCAAGGCUCCUUCAACCCCGAGAGCGUCCCCAAGGUGUCCCCAAGGUGUUCCCACUGAGCAAGGAGCUCCAAGAGCUGUCCCUGGCCCUGCUGCAGCCACAGGUGAUCGUGGUGGCCACCCUGGGCGAGCUGCUGGACACCCUGCCCAGGAUGGACAAGAAGAUGCUGGUGUUCCUGUCCCCAGGGUGCCCAUACUGGGUUCUGGAGGAAUUCACCAAUGAGCUCUGGGCCACCGUGAGCUGUAUUGAUGACACCUGCAGGCGCCACAAUGUCGCCUGCGAUGAUGGUGGCCCUGUCACCUCCCUGAGCCAGGCUCUGGCCGCCUACAAGAGCAGCCCAGGGACAUCCCGGGAGCGUGUGACAAUGGCCGCCAGCGAGUGGCACCGGUCGGUGGAUGCGCUCGAGCAGAGCUGGGCCCAGGUGGCCAGGAAGGCCGCCAAUCUCCGUGACAUCUACAAGAAUGUGGCCUCUGAAGCGGCCGAAAGAGCGGCCAACACCACCGCCCAGGCCAGGGGUCUGAAGGACUGGGCUGCACUUUAUGGCACAGCUCAGGAAAACGUGGUGGAGCUGGGUCAGGCCCUGGGCUGGUGGGGCGCGGUGAGGAGAGAGGCCAGGGUGGCUGCCAGCGAGGCAGCAACAGCCACCAUGGUGACACAGCAGCUGGAGGCGGCCCUGGGGCUGCUGCAGCGCUUGGUGGCCGCCUGUGACAAAGCCACCGCCUUCCCCCGGGAGCUGCAGCGCAGGGUUGGGGACAUCGAGGCUGCCCUGGAGGGGACGAAUGAGGCUUCCCCCGAUGUCCCCGAGGGCUUGGUGGCCAAGGUGGCCGAGGCCGAGCGGCUGUGGGAGGCCAACGCCCGCCUGGCCAAGGAUCACCUGCUGGGGACACUUGAAGACGUCAUCGGCUUCCAUUUCACCUGUGGUCCCACUGGCCCCAGUGCCCGUGGGGUGCCCAAGCGGUGCCAAAGAGCCACUGAGGACAUCCCAAGGCUCCUUCGACCCCCAGAGAGCAUCCAGAACAUUCCCGAGGUGUUCCCAGUGAGCACGGAGCUCCAAGAGCGGUCCUCGGCCAUGCUGCAGGCACAGGUCACCGUGGUGGCCACCCUGGGCGAGCUGCUGGACACCCUGCCCAGGAGGGACAAGGAGAUUCUGCUGCCCGUGUCUGCACUGAGCCUGUACUGGGAGCUGGUGGACUUCACUGAGAGCCUCCUUGUCACCCUGUACUGCGUUGAUGACACCUGGUGGCGCCGCAAUGUCACCGACAGUGAUGAUGACCCUCCCACCUACACUGAUGGCGACCAUCUCACCUCCCUGAGCUGUGCCCUGGCUGCCUACCAGAGCACCGAAUGGACCGACUGGCACCAUGUGACAAAGGCAGCCAGCAAGUGGCCGGGCUCGGUGGCUGUGCUUGUGCACAGAUGGGCCCAGCUGGCCAGGGCGGCCACCAAGCUCCACAACACCUGCAGGGUGAUGGUCACUGAGGCGGCCGACAGGGCGGCCACCAUCGCCACCAAGGCCAGGAAGCUGCAGGACGAGGCUGCCCGUGAUGGGACAGCUCAGGAAAACAUGGUGGGGCUGGGUCAGGCCCUGGGCGGGGAGCAGGGGGCCGAGGUGGUGGCCGGGCGUGAAGCCCAGGUGAGGGAACAGGCCAGGUUGGCUGCCAGCUUGGCAACAAGGGCCACCAUGGUGAGACAGCAGCUGGAGGCGGCCCUGGGGCUGCUGGAGCGCUUGGUGGCCGCCUGUGACAAAGCCACCGCGUUCCCCCGGGAGCUGCAGCGCAGGGUUGGGGACAUCAAGACCAUCCUGGAGGGGACGAAUGAGGCGUUCCCCGAUGUCCCCGAGGGCUUGGUGGCCAAGGUGGCCGAGGCCGAGCGGCUGUGGGAGGCCAACGCCCGCCUGGCCAAGGAUCACCUGCUGGGGGCAGUUCCGGACACCAUCAAGGUCUUGUUCAAUGGUGGUCCCGACAGCCCCCGUGAGGUGGCCAAAGAGCGGUGCCAAAGAGCCAUGGAGGACAUCCCAAGGCUCCUUCGACCCCCAGAGUGUCCCCAGAGCGUCCCCGAGGUGUCCCCACUGUCCCCGGCCCUGCUGCAGCCACAGGUCACCGUGGUGGCCACCCUGGGCAAGCUGGUGGCCACCCUGCCCACGCAGCAGGAGGAGGAGAUGCUGCUGCUCGAGUGCCCAGGGCACCUGCACAGGGGCCUGAAGGAAUUCACCAAUGAGCUCUGGGACACCCGGUACUGCAUUGACGACACCUGGAGGCGCCACAUUGUCACCGAUGAUGAUGAUGAUGAUGAUGAUGAUGAUGAUGAUGAUGGCGGUGUCACCUCCCUGAGCCAGGCCCUGGCUGCCCUCAGGAGCACCCCACGGACCACCAGGCUCCGUGUGGCGAUGGCCACCGAGUGGCAGGGGUCGUUGGCUGUGCUUGUGAACAGCUGGGCCAGGCUGGUCAGGAAGGCCACCGAGCUCCGUGACACCUGCAGGGAUUUGGCCACCAAGGCGGCCGACAGGGCGGGCACCGCCACCAGCCAGGGCAGGGAGGUGCAGGCCCAGGCUGCCUGUGAUGGGACAGCUCUGGAACGCACGGGGGAGCUGGGUCAGGCCCUGGGUGGGGAGGAGGGGGCUGAGGGUGCGGCCAGGCCUCAGUUCCCGGUGAGGGAAGAGGCCACGGAGGCUGGCAGCGAGGCAAGAAGGGCGAGACAUCGGCUGUGGGCGGCCCUGGGGCUGCUGGAGCGCUUGGUGGCCGCGUGUCGCAAAGGCACCGCGUUCCCCCGGGAGCUGCAGCGCCUGCUCAGGGACACCAGGGUCGCCCUGGAGGGGACGAAUGAGGCGUCCCCCAUUGUCCCUGAGGACUUGGUGGCCAAGGUAGCCAAGGCCGAGCGGCUGUGGGAGGCCAACACCCGCCUGGCCAAGGAUCACCUGCUGAGGAUAAUUGAGGACAUCCUCAACUUCUAUAGCAAGGAUGGCCGUGCCAGGCCCAGUGCCCGUGAGGUGGCCAAGCAGUGCCAAAGAGCCAUCGAGGACAUCCCAAAUCCGCUGCAGGGAUGAUGAUGUCAGUGCCAUGACGUCAUAAUGGCAGUUAUAAAAAGUGCAUUUAUUUUAUGAUUGGCUUUUCGCAAGUAUUAAAAUGAAUGUUAUAUAUGUUGUAUUAGGAAGUAACACUAUAUUAAUUCUCGUAAGUAGUGCAUUAAAUAUAGUUUUAGGUUAUAACAAAAUGUUAAAAUAGAAACUAUGCUAUGUAGGAUACUGUUUUUAAGGAAAGGGGUCACAGCGAGAUAGCAGCCACAGGACACCUGAAUCUUUCAGAGAAAAAGAAUUCAUUGCCCUCCUAUCCGGAGAAACGAACUUCUUCCCGCCUCAAAGGCGGUGUUAGGAUUCGUAGGAAGAAGUUGAUGAUGACCAGACAGAAUCCUGUGUUUGAAUGGAAUUGAUGCAUCAUGUAUGACCUGUAUGAAUAUGCAACAGGGUAUUGCUUUUAACGGUUAAUCCUCUUUUAACGGGUGUCCUUUUUCAGGCUCGUACUGCCCUGACAAAGGUACCUGGACAUCCGUAACUCUUUGUCUUUGAUGUCUCAUAUUGUCUGAAUUCAAAUUGUCCAAAUUAUUAUUACUGCAAUUGUAUUACUAUUUUUAUAGCCAUUUCAUUACUAAUAAAUUUUUAAAAUUU